AAUAAUGUCUGUCUGGAUCUGAAUGAAUCUGACCCAGUACAGUAAAGUAAAUUCAUAAAUAAUGUUGAAGCUCUCUCAGGUUUACAGAGAAUCGUAAAAUGUGAAAAUAUUAUAAGUAGGGUUAACGUUAUCGGAAGUUUUCAUUGCGUGUUGAGAAGUAUCCGAUAAUGUCAGACUACGAUUUGCAAUACCAGGCAGAUUUGGAGAAGGCGCAAGCUCUCAGUUUGGAAAGCCUAGCUUUGGAACAGUUUCGCAGGCAGAAACAGCUAUCAAGCGCAGAUAAUGGGCGGGGCUCCGGUGGCAGUGUGCGGAGACGCGACGAGAGCGACGGACCGCCGCCCGCGCUCCCGCCCCCGCCGAGGAAGCCCCCGCGAGGAAGGACUUCCACUACAGAGAACCCUAGGUCUACUGGUGCAAGCCCAACUCGUAACGAGAGCAGUGAUUUGAUCUCGUUCUCCAGUCCGACGAGUAAAACAGCGCCGAAGGAUGCGCACGCGUCCUUAAAGGAAUAUAUCGAGCAGAUUGGCAAAUUAGGUCAACAAACUGAAGAGCUUACAUUAAACUCGCCAGACCAAUCUCCCGCCAUUAUGAACAAUCAGAACUACAAUCAAAGGCCGGGUUACCCCCCAUACCAAUAUGGGUACAACUAUCCGCCUUACUCUAUGGCGCCAUACCCCACUACUCCGUUCGGCAUGCCGACGCCAAUGCCGUCUCCCAUGCCGAACUAUUCGUAUUACCCCCCAACCAUGGUCGUUCAACAAGAGCCGCCGUCUCCGUACCCUCCAACAAACCCAGCAAUGUACGCUCAAGGUUACAGUCCAUACAGUCAAACGCGAAUGGCGACUCCUGCCCCGUACGUAGGAUACCCCCCACCAGCACAGACCCCCACAUACAACUACAGUACCACGAACAUGAUCACGAGACCGACCAGGCCGAAUCUCUACCCACAGUUGCCUGAUCAGAACCAUACGUACCCACCGAUGCCGAGUAAUACUCAAUCGGUAGGGAAUAACCCUCCGGUUAAUAUACCAAUGGUCGUUAAGAAUGAACCGUCGAGGGACAGCGUCGAGAGUAAUUCUUCGUGGAAAUCGGCGGAAGCGAACGAAGGCGCAGACACAUUAGCCAACCUGCCAAAAUCAAUGAACCUGAUAGACUUUGGCAAGAACACGAACGGCGCAGGUAGUGUAAGAGUCAGUGUGCUUGAAGCGUUUGACCCUCUACUAACUGAGCAAAACAACGCUGAAUAUGCAGGGACCAGCGAAUGCUCAGGCAGUGUUUACGAGGAGUACGAUCCUUUGGACUUCUUGUACGGCGAGACAGAGAUGAGGGAGUCUGUGUACGCUACUAUUAGUAAGAAAGAGAAGACGAUGCUUCCGUCGCCACCGCCCAAGACGAUACCUACGAUGCCAGCUGUUCCUAAAAGGCCUACCACGAAUAAACUGUACGACUGUAUAACAAAAUGUAGAACUAGACUAUACGACAACGAGCAUAAUGCAUUUCUGAAAAUGGUGCUUGACAUACGGAAAAAGUUUGUCCACACUGAGGCCACUAACCCUGGCCACGUGAUCGCAGCGCGCUCUGGCGGGAAAUACCCGCCUAAUACUAGCAUUAAGAUACUAGUCCACCACACACACUCCGACGAACCCAUUACCUUCACGUCUGAUGUGGAGUCGACUGUAGAACAUGUGAUAUUAACGGUAGUUUGCUCUUUGGAGGAGGAUAUAAGAGAGGAUAUGUCUGAUUAUAUGUUGCGGGUGUGGGGUGCGAAAGAGUACCUAACCGCCGGCAGUUCGCUGAGCGAAUACGAGUACGUCCGCGAAUGCGUUCGCCUCGAGAAAGACGUGAGGCUGUGUUUGCACGACGGGGCGGACAAAACCUUGGCGAGGACAGCGAGAGACGACGCCAGGGCCCAGCAUUUGACGUUAGACGAUUUGAUACCGACGCAGGGAGCCACACCUAUGUUGUCGUUUGACAAUCUAUCCAUUUUGCUAGAGACGCUGGAGGGCGAGCUGUCGCGCGCGGUGGGCGUGGCGGGCGGCGAGGGCGCGUGCUCGCCGAGCGCCGCGCUGCAGGCCGUGAAGGCCAUCUGCGCGCUGGCCGGCGCCGUGGAGACGCUGCAGCUCACGCACGCGCUCAACGCCUUCGCGCAGGCCUGCGCCGGGAAGGGUAACAACAAUGUAGUGACGCCAGAGAUCCAAACGGAACAAGGGGCGUAUUGCUCAGUGUCGCUGCGAGCGGCCACCAGUCGCGAGACGGUCGCGCUGCACUGCGGUCGUGUUCGCGACGCGGUUAGAGCACUCAUAGCUCUAUAUUCUAGGACAAGGCUGUUAGAUUUCACGCUCGCAGAUUCUUAUGGAAAUCCUUCGAAUCCAGAAAAAGCAGCCCCAUCCCACACGAUCUCGGAAUCAACGUUAUUUUGCAUUGAAGCAGUACACUGCCUACCCCUAUGUUGGGCGCACGACGAAUAUCAGUUCCACGCACAAAUAUACCACGGCACUCGGGCUUUGAAGAUGGCGCGGUACACGCAGCCUUCCAAGAUAGAGUGCGCAGGAUUCUAUCCGAGGAUCAUUUUCGAUGCUUGGUUAAGCUUAGAAGACCUUCCAAUCAACACUCUGCCCCGCGAAUCUCGUCUCGUCCUCACAUUGUACGGUCGGACACAGCGAGACUUGGACAGUCAGCAUCAAAACAACGAGAGCAGUCAGCAAAACAGCGAGGACGGCGAUGAGAACGGAGAUGUACAGUACGAGCAGGUGGAGCUUGGCUGGGCGGCCAUACAGCUGUUUGAUUAUGACGGCAUGCUAUCAUCUGGUAACUACGUGUUACCGAUAUGGCCUUCCUGCUGUGACCGGCGUAUUGGCCCCGCCCCAAACAGAAUGCAUGAACCUCCAGCGCCGUACCCCGUUGUUAAUAUUGAAAUCCCCCUGUACGACCACAAUGGUGUGAAAUGGACCAGCGGUGACGAGGGCCGAGAGAAAACUGUGUCAUCCGAAGAUCUUCCCAAAUUUGACUCAUUGGACGGCCACACACAAUCGCAACUGUUGCAUCUUAUUGAACAAGGAGCUUAUAAUAGAAUGCCCACCGAGUGCAGAGAGAUAAUGUGGGAGAAACGCCAAUACCUCGUAGAAUUAGCCGGCGCCCUGCCACUAGUGUUGCUGGCCGCGACCGCGUGGUACGGCGAGCAGCGUUCGCAACUGCUUGCCUUGUUGAGAUUGUGGAGAAAACCCGCGCCUAGAAAUGCCAUGCACCUCAUACUGCCGUGUUUCCCCGACGCCGCAGUUCGCCAGACGGCCUCACAGUUGCUAAACGGACUUUCUGACGACGAUCUGUGCUGCGUUCUGCCGCAACUCGUACAAGGACUGAGAUUCGAGACUUACGAAUGUAGUCCUCUCGCUGAAUUAUUAUUAUCAAGAGCUUUGGCCGCGCCGGCUGUCGCUCAUAAGUUGUUCUGGCUGUUGGUUCACAAUCUGCCUAGCGUGCCACAGGCAGCAAAUGAGGAGUUUCUCGGCAUCACCUUAGAAGAUGGCCCCGGCGAGCCUCAGGAUUUCGACGCGUGCGCGACGGCCGCGUGGCGCUACCGGCUGCUGCUGCGCGCGCUGCUCGCUCUGUGCGGGGACAACCUGCACGCGACUCUGUUGAGGCAGCAGUUGCUUGUGAACACGCUAAGUGAAGUGGCCCUAUCUGUGAAGAAAGCCAAAGACGUUCAAAGAAUGUCCGCUCUUCGCGGGGGCGCCACUCGCGUAUCCUCUUUGUUGCGGGAAGAACCCGCCGCGCUACCACUCGCUUUGAGAGCACACGUCCACGAUGUCGACGUCAAAUCUUGUACAUACUUCUCAUCAAAUACCCUGCCUUUGAAGAUCAACUUUAUCGGCAGCGACAAUGCUGUGAUACCCGCUAUGUUUAAGGUCGGCGAUGAUCUUCGCCAAGAUUCUCUAGUACUGCAAGUAAUCAAAGUGAUGGACGAUUUGUGGCUCAAGGCGGGUUUAGACUUACGAAUGGUCACGUUCCAAUCGUUACCCACUAGUAAAAAUAAAGGAAUGAUAGAAAUAGUGACAGAAGCGGAAACGCUGCGAGCGAUCCAGACGGAGUGGGGCCUGACCGGGUCGUUCAAGGACAAGCCCAUAGCCGAGUGGCUCGCCAAGCACAACCCCUCCGAGCUGGAGUACCAGCGCGCCCGGGACAACUUUACGGCGUCCUGUGCCGGCUACAGCGUCGCGACGUACUUGCUCGGCAUUUGCGACCGCCACAACGACAACAUUAUGUUGAAGACUUCGGGACAUCUCUUCCAUAUCGACUUCGGAAAGUUCCUUGGAGACGCCCAGAUGUUUGGCAAUUUUAAAAGGGAUAGAGCACCAUUCGUACUCACCCACGACAUGGUGUAUGUAAUCAACGGGCGAGAACGUCCCACACAGCGGUUCCAACAUUUUGUAGAGCUGUGUUGUAUGGCGUUCAACAUCGUGAGGGCGCAUCACGACCACAUCCUCGAUCUCUUUGCUUUGAUGGCGACGUCGGGCGUGUCGGGCGUGACGAGCGCCGCCGUGAACUACGUGCGCGCGGCGCUGCUGCCGGCCGCUACCAACGCGGAAGCCGCCGCCGCCUUCGCCCGGCUCAUACAUUCCUCGCUCAAGAGCAAGUUCACGCCAAUCAACUUCUUCCUUCACAACCUCGCACAGAUGAUGGCAAGCGGUGACCAGAGCAGUAAUUCAUCGGAAUUGCUCUCCUUCAUGCCGAGGACUUAUACAAUGGCCCAAGAAGGUCGUCUAGUCAGCGUGGAAUGUCUCGGCUUCGAGAAGCGUUAUGACCCGGAAAAGCACUACGUGUACACGCUUCGCAUAUACAGACAAGGACAAACCACGCCCUCUGUGUUGUAUCGCUCAUACAAACACUUCACCGAACUGUAUCAGAAGAUAUGUCUGCUCUUCCCAUUGGCCAAGGUUCACAGUUUACCGUCUGGUCUUCACGUCGGCCGCUCAAACAUUCAGCAAGUGGCACAGCGUCGUUUCGGUGACGUCCAAGCCUUUCUCACGUCUCUUUUCAAUUUGGCGGAUGAGAUCGCUCAUUCUGAUCUCGUUUAUACGUUCUUCCAUCCUUUACUGAGGGACCAACAGGAUGUGGAGCCGCAGAGGAUGAAGAAUAGAGAAUCAACAGAAGUAGAGAACAACGGGUCAGGCUCGCUGAAACUGUCGAUACAGUACGCGGGCGGCGUGCUCUCCGUGCUGAUCCUGCACGCGCAGUCGCUCGCCAGCACGCCGCAGGGACUGCCGCCUAACCCUUAUGUCAAGGUGUACCUAGUACCAGAUCCGACCAAAGAAACGAAACGCAAGACACGAGUGCUGAAACGGAACUCGCACCCCUCCUUCAUGGAGAUGCUCGAAUACCGGCUACCCAUCGAGGUUAUACAAAACAGGAGCCUUCAGGCCACAGUGUGGCAUUACGACUCACUACAGGAGAACCAGUUUCUAGGCGGAGUGGUGAUACCUCUUCAUUCAUUACCACUGCGAGAAGAGACCCUAGCGUGGUACCCGCUAGAGUACAUACCGCGGUAGCUAUUACUAGCGCGCUCUGCUAUGUGGAGUACGGACUUUUACUGAUCGAAAAUAGAUUGUAAAUCAAAUUCCUACUGUGUUAUUGAUCGAUUAUAGACUAUCGACAUUAAUAAGUGUGAUGUUAAAUGCAGACAAGGAAUUUAAAAUAUACUAACUGUAAUAUUUGACAGUUAUUCGAAUUCGCGUUUGUACCAGCGACCAGUUAAGAACGCUAUCGCCCUUGCGGUUAUUCGACGAUAUGAGAGUCCCACUUUUUGUGACUUGAAAAUAAAAUCAAAAAAGUUUUUUUUUACACUCAAGAAAACAUCCAAUUUACUUACCCUAACUUGGUACCCAAUAGAGUACAUACCGCGGUAGUGGUAGUAUUACUAGCGCGCUAUGCUAUGUGGAGUACGAACUAUUACUGAUCGUGAACAGAUGUGAAUAAAAAACCUUUUGUGUUGAUCGAGAACAACCUGCAGAGUGUAUACAUGUAACACUGUGAUGUUAACUGCAGCCAAGGAAUUUAAAAUAAACAGUAAUAUUUGACAGCUCUUUGAAUUCACUAGCGCGCUCUAGAGAUUGGAAAAGUGACCUCUCUUGUGAGUGGUAAUUGAGAUAUUAAGGCGAGUUAUAAAAGUUUAUUCCAACUGAUAGUUAAGACCACCAGCGCGCUUAAGCGGUUUGUAAAAAAACAAAAACGAAAUUGUUAUGGCUUAAGCUAAAGGAUAAAGCAAGAAAAUACGAUUUAGUAACAAACAGAAAACAAGACAUUUAUUAUAACUCUGUACUAUUUGACAGAUCGUCCACCAGCGCACUCUACUGGUUGAAAUAAUAACCUAAUUUGUAUGGAAAUAACGACAUUAUAAUUGUUUACAGUAAUUGUACUUGUAGUUAGUGCAAAAAUUGUUGCGUUGCGUACAAAAUAUGUAUUCGCUGUCUCGCUUGCGCAUUGUUAGUUUUAAGUAUGAAAGUGAUAUCUAGUUUUUUCUUUUUGUUCAGUACAUUUUUUUGCCCGCGUUAUGAAAUUAUUAUGUUAUGUAAAUCAAUGAAAUUUUGAAUAAAAUGAAGUGUACUUUUUUUUUAUGAAAUCGAUGGUCAGUUCGUGCAAAAUCUGUAUUUAAGAUUUCAGCGACCAUCUGAAAUGUUCUAUACUUACGUGCCUAGGCAAAAGACACUUAAAAUAAAGGUACAUAUCAGUUCAUAUUUACUAUACUAAAACUAUUAAGUGAGUUAAUUAAAAAUUGAUUGUUGGUAAGAAUCUUAGGGAUGUUAUUGGAAUUCGGAUGAAUUAACGGAUUGAUAAAGUUUUAUAAUCACAUAUGUUGGUGCCAAAUUAAACAGUGAAAGUCGUUCUGUUUUUUAAUCAAAAUAAUAAGAUAUCACGUAUUUUCUAUGGAAAAUAGCAUGUAAUAGGAAUGAUUACGUUUAACGUAAACGUAAACAUUAGAAUCGGUUUUAUAUAACAUUCCAAAUUAAUAUAUCUAUUUUGUAUUACUUUUUGAGCUUUGAAAUACUUUGUAUGGUGCUUUACACGUUUGCUUGAAGUAUUAUUGUAAUAGCAAUAACAUAUCUUUGCUUGAUGUUGUAUCAAGAUAUCGUGGGCCUGUGAUGGUAUCUUAUACUGAUUUAGAAUAGACUUAUCCUAUAGUGAGAGAUUAUUACUUGGUUGCGUGUUGAAAAUAUAAAAAAAUGUAUGUUUAGAUCUGAAAGUACUGUAUAAUCAUGUGUAUUGGAAUUAUUAAACAUAUUUUGAUCACAAUUCCAAAACUGUACUGAAAUUAAAAAUUGUUACAAACGCAUUACCCGCCUGGCUAAACCACACUUUUAUGGUGUUGCAAGAAAAAUGUUAUAUUUGGAAAUCUGAUUUGCUGGAAAUAAGGAUUUGUUAUCUAACAGGCCUAUUUAAAUGUCAUAUUUCUAUUUAUAUUUUAUGAAUAAUGUAUUUGAAAAUAUUUUGAUUUGUUUUUAUCGUAAUUGUAUAUAAUAUAAUAUUCGUAAUAUUAAACUAUUUUGAGACAUAAUAUAAAGUGAAUGAUUUUAUUCAAAGUUUAUACUUCGUUUCAACAAAAAAAAUAAAGUUAAUUAUUAUAAAAACAAUAUUUAGUACAUCGACUUUACUUUGCUCAAGAAUGGCUUGACUUUACUAAAACGUAAAUAUCUAUAGAGAUAUCUUUCAUCAGAAAUACAUUGUGAUAAUUUUUAUCCUACCGUUUUCACGGCAACAAAGCCUUAGGUUAAAUGUAAUGUAAAUAAGGGCGCCGGUAUAAAAUAAGAGCUCGAUUUUGUCUUAUUGAAACGAAGUUUAAAAUAAAGAAUAACUUUGUGAAUGGCUUCCAAAUGUUGCUCAAAAUAUAUGAAAAGAGCAAACGGUUCACUCUGACCUUAUAACAAUUUUAGACUGAACUUUCAUAAUUAACUUUGUACAUACUAUGUUAGACAAUUUUAUACGAAUCUUUAACUAAUGUCAGUGUAUCAAAAUCAUGGCAACAGCCAUCGAUGUGCAUAUUGUAUUGAAAUUCGAAAUAAAUUUCUGUGCAUUCAUAA